AGAUGUUAUGUGGAUGCUCUAUUAAAACCAGUUCCCCCACUUCUGUAAUAACCUCAAACAACACCUUCAAGAAAAACCUCAAACAAAUUAGGGUUUUUUCCUGAACGAGAAAACAAUGGCCGACGAAGAAUUUGAGAUGGACGGAGGAUAUGAGGAUGAGCCCAUGGAACCGGAGCUUGAUGAAGGGGCAGAGGAGGAAGUUGAUGCAGAUGCAAAUAAAGACGAUGACAUUGGUGAUCCUCUCUUAGCUGACGGUGAAGACAAACAGGGAGCGGAGGAACCAGUGGAGCGGCCUCGGAAAACGUCAAAGUAUAUGACAAAGUAUGAACGCGCAAGAAUCCUAGGGACACGUGCCCUGCAGAUAAGCAUGAAUGCUCCUGUGAUGGUGGAAUUGGAGGGUGAAACUGAUCCACUUGAGAUUGCUAUGAAGGAGCUACGACAGAGGAAGAUACCUUUCACCAUAAGACGUUACCUGCCUGAUGGGAGUUAUGAGGACUGGGGAGUUGACGAAUUGAUUGUGGAAGAUUCAUGGAAGAGACAGGUCGGGGGUGAUUAGAGUGGAUAUCUCUCUAUUAUCUGAAAUAGUUCAUGGGCUUUCUGUUACAAGUAGGGACCUUAAUCGCGAUGAUGUAAAGCUUUGACUAUGUCAGUAUUGUAAUCAGCUGUGCAACAAGAAUCUAGACUAUGAGAGGAUAUAUGUUUUUGUGCAUUACAUUGUUACUUUUGAAGUCCCCUUGUGGCCGAGUAGUACUAGUAAGUUAUGUUGCUUUGUAUGCUUCACUUUCAUGGAGAAAUUUGUGGUUGCUGCCAAGUGCUAAUCUAAGACUCUAAGUUGUGUUUUGUUUGAA